AUGGCGGAUGCCAUAAACAUCUCUAUGGUCUAUUUCUCUCAUCGGGACUUCCUCCUGUUGGGAUUCCCAGGCUUCCAUAAAUCUCGGCACCUCUUGUUCAUCCCAUUCUUUAUCGUCUACCUCGUCAUCCUAGUCACCAAUGGCCUGAUCAUCCACACGGUGCGGGCGGAGAGCUCCCUGCAUGCUCCAAUGUACGUUCUCAUCUCUUCGCUGUCUGCCGUGAACAUCUGCAGCACGACCACCAUAGUACCAAAGAUGCUCCUCGGAUUCCUCUUCCAUCAGAAUCACAUAUCACUGGAUGGAUGUUUAGUUCAAAUGUUCUUCAUUUACUGCACCACCAUGCUGGACUGCAAUAUUCUGUUGAUGAUGGCGCUGGAUCGGUACGUUGCUAUAUGUAGGCCGCUGCGUUAUUCCAAAAUAAUGACCAAGCAGAAGUUGGUCCUCCUGAGUAUUAUGGCAUUGGUACGUUGUACGUUUACCGUAUUUCCCGUCAUCUAUCUCGCCUCCCGGGUAAACUUCUGCAAAUCAAACAUCAUCCGACACUUCGCUUGUGAGCACAUGGCCCUCCUGAGUUUGGCCUGUAGUAAUAUCACCAAAAAUAAAAUAAUGGGGUUGAUCAUUAGAGUCAUUGACCUUCUAAUCGAUAUGAGCCUCCUCUCCUUCUCGUACGGCAGCAUCCUGAGGGUGGCGCUGACCAUGUCCAACGAUGCUACAAGACACAAGUCUCUACACACAUGUGGGACCCACAUCCUGGUCAUCCUCAUCGUCUACUUCUUCAGGAUGUCAUCGUCUAUUGUCUACAGGGUGUCCCGAUCUGUGUCUCAAGACACACACAACCUUCUCACUGCCAUGUACCUACUCAUUCCUGCCCUGGUCAACCCAAUCAUUUAUGGUCUACGGGCCAAGGAGAUCAGAAUCCGGAUGCUGAAAAUAUUCCACCAGAAAACAAUAUUUACAAACAGGUAAACACUAUGACUUUGUCUAAAGAAGAACAUACAU